AAAUUCAAAGAAAACAAUCAGUAAACUAAAACAUGAGUAUAAUUUAAGAUGAAAAAAAUGAUGCCAUAAAGAUUCAAAUAGGUAAUAAUCAUAAACAAAGUGUUGUUUAAAAGCAUUCGCAUUGUAGUUUUUGCUUCAAAAUUUGCUGAUCUUUUUCCGCGUGAUUGUUGUGUUCCUCAAAGCAAAACAGCAUGUCAAAUAAACACGACUUAAAAGCUCGAAUUUCCGACAGGAAAAAAGAAAAUUCAAAUAAAAAAGGACUAGAAACGAAGUCGAUCGUUAUGGAUACAGAAUGUGGUAUUGGAUGUUUCUUUCCAAAAUGGUUGCAAUUUUUGGCUAGUAAAAAGACAUUUGUGAUUGUCUAUGCUUUAACUGGCAUGCAAGCCAAUAUGCUGAGCGCUUAUUACGUUGGAACUAUGAGCACUGUUGAGAAAAAUUUCAACAUGUCUAGUAGAAUGUCCGGAAUCAUUUCAGCGUCUUGGGAUAUCGGCACUGUAGUAGCAAAUUUAAUACUGUCGUACGCAGCAGCAACAGGUCAUCGUACUCGAUGGGUUGCUUUCGGAAUGUUGAUAGUUUCGUUUUCAAGCUUCAUGAGAGUUUUGCCAUACCAUAUUUUUGGAGGAGGUGAGACAAUAAUGUUAUACACGAAAGAAUAUGAAACUCAGUUCAACUCUACAGAACACUUGAAGAAUAAUCUCAGUAAUUCCACCAGUGUUACAUACUUACGUACAAGUGACCAAUGUGAACAAAGUGACACAAAAUUUCCAGAUAUGGUAGCAUUCUACACUUUUGUUGCAGCACAAUUUUUAAUGGGGAUUGGUACUUCGAUGUACUGGACAUGUGGAAUAGUUUAUUUAGAUGAUAAUGUUCGUAAAAAUAUAGCACCAUUUUUGUUCGCACUUUCUCAAGCUAUAAAACUACUCGGACCAACGAUUGGAUUUUUCCUUUCAUCUUACUUCUUGAAAAUUUAUUUAGUUCCUACUCUGACGCCAACUAUAACGAAUGAAGAUCCUAGAUGGAUUGGUGCUUGGUGGAUAGGUUGGUAUCCCAUUGGAAUACUCGGUCUUAUAUGUGCUUUUGCAAUGGCCUUAUUUCCAAAAAUGUUACCGAGAGCUGCGUUGAGAAAAGUUAAUGAUGACAGUAUUUCACGAACCAAAGAUUCCGUAUCAAUAUCAGAUUUCAUGAAACGUAUGAAAAGAAUAUGCAAGAAUAAAGUUGUUGUUUUCAAUUCCAUGAGUUCAGUAAGUUUUGUACUUGGUCUAAUGGCGUAUUGGACAUUUAUGCCUAAAUAUAUGGAGUCUCAGUUUAGACUAUCGCCAUCUCAAUCUAAUUUUAUAACUGGUACAGUCAGUAUUUUGUCAAAUGGUUUAGGUAUUUUGGCUGCUGGUUUAUUUAUUACUACCCUUAAACCAUCACCAAGAUUUCUAGCAGGUUGGAAUGUAUUCGUUGAAUUUCUCGAUGUACUGGGUCGUUUUGGAUACAUUUUGUUGAGUUGUCCAGAUCAAACUUAUCAUGGACACCUUAAUAACGAUAAUAGUUGGAACUUGACUGAGGUUUGUAAUGAAAAAUUCAACUGUGGAACUGAUAUUCAAUACGCUCCAGUGUGUGAUUCGUCUCGCGAUGUCGUAUUCUACUCAUCUUGUCACGCAGGAUGUACCUCAUCCUCUUUGAUAAACGGUACAUUGAUUUACAACAACUGCAGCUGUGUUCCUGAUGUAAACACAGUAGUGAUGGAUGGAAUGUGCCCAGUCGAUUGUUCAAUGAAUAUUGUUUUGCUUAUUGCAAUGAUGUCCGUUCUAGGAUUUACAUCUGCCACUGGCAGGUCAGCGAAUACUUUGAUACAGUUCAGAUGUGUUGAAGAGAGAGAUAAAUCAAUGUCAAUUGGAGUAACGGAAACAUUACUAGCAAUUUUGGCCUACACCCCUGCUCCCAUUCUUUAUGGAAUAAUAAUGGAUUGGACGUGUAUUGUAUGGGGAGAUAAUUGCGGCUCCAGAGGAAAUUGUUGGAUAUACGACAAUAAAAAGUUGAGAUUAGGUUUCAAUCUGACCUCAGCAGGAUUUCUGUUCGUUGGCACCAUCCUGGAUUGUUUCGUGUGGUAUUAUGUGAAAGGAGUGAAAAUGUAUGAUGAAGACUUCUUGGGAGAUUCUAAAAAAUCCAAAACUGCUCAUCAAGCUCUUGCGGAAAAAUUUGAAGAAAAUGAAAAACUCAGGAACGAUUCCGCAUCAGCACUUUUAAACGAGUUUUCUACACGUUCUUUAAAUAAUUAAAAUUUACGUACUUUUGAUUGAAAGAUUUAAAAUAAAAUAUCUACCUAUUACCUAUUCAAUAAAAAAUCAUUUAGAAAUACGUAAAAUAAGUUGCCUACUCAGUUUGCCGUAAAUAUGGAUUUAAAAAAAUGAUGUUAAACAAGUUGCCUACUCAGUUUGCCGUAAAUACGCAUCCCACUCGUUCCGUCCUUUUAGUUUCUACCAUUCUACCACCUCGUAGUUCAAUGUUUAAAUUUCAAGGAAUAAACAUCUUAUUUUGAGUACAA